UUAGUAUCAAGUUCAUUUCCGGUCGUCUAGCGAAACACGAGCGCCAGGAACGUGUUGUAUCAAAGUUAAUUAAAUAUAAAGUUUACACGAUUUUGUAAAUUGUUGCUGAUAUGAUUCGCACUUUUAUUGGGAAAAAAAGUGUAAGAUUGUUACAGCAUGCCAUACGACAGACGGAGCACCAAGUGCGCUAUCGGUCACACCUGCCAUUUAACACUGUGGUGCUGUUUGUCCCACAGCAGGAAGCCUGGGUGGUGGAGCGGUUUGGUAAAUACAACAGAAUACUGGAGCCUGGAUUAAAUGUAAUUCUGCCAGUAGUGGAUUCUGUCAAAUAUGUCCAGAGUCUUAAAGAGAUAGCUUUAAAUGUUCCUCACCAAGCUGCCAUCACCCUCGAUAAUGUUACCUUGACGAUGGAUGCUGUUCUGUACCUCAGAGUUGUUGAACCAUACAAAGCAUGUUACGGUGUAGAGGACCCAGAGUAUGCCAUUACACAAUUGGCACAGACCACGAUGAGGUCGGAGAUCGGUAAAAUGUAUCUGGACAAGGUGUUCAGAGAGAGGGAAUCACUCAACUAUAACAUUGUCGAUGCUAUUAACAAAGCGUCUGAGGCCUGGGGAGUGAAAUGUAUGAGAUAUGAAAUCAGAGACAUAAAGCUACCACAGCGAGUGCAGGAAGCCAUGCAGAUGCAGGUGGAGGCAGAGAGAAAGAAGCGGGCGGCCAUCUUGGAAUCAGAAGGUAUCCGGGAAGCGGAAAUUAAUGUGGCAGAGGGCAAAAAGCAGGCGAGGAUUCUGAAUUCUGAAGCUAAUAAAACUGAACAGAUAAAUCAAGCAGUUGGUGAAGCUGAAGCCUUGGUGGCUAAGGCGAAAGCAAAGGCCAGAUCAGUGAACAUCGUUGCUCAGGCGUUGUCGCACAAGAAUGGUAUUGAUGCAGUUUCAUUCAAUGUAGCAGAGCAGUAUGUGAAAGCGUUCGGUAACUUGGCAAAGACGGCCAACACACUGAUUCUACCUGCCAACACGGGGGAUGUUUCCAGUAUAGUAGCUCAGGCAAUGACAAUCUACAAGAACCUGGCAGGCAACAGCAGACUUUCGAAAUCGGACGAUGAUGGCGGACACCACGAUGAUGGCGAUCAUCAGGAUGACGGUGGAGACGAUAAAGUCACAGAAGCUGGCAGUAAGACGUCGACAGAUUUCACUUUGUCAGAGUUCGAGAAAAUGGAAGAGUUCUCCUCACCCUUAUUUGAUGAAAUUGACAAAAGGGACUCGGAAAAGAGCGAUGCACAUCACAACAUCAAGUCAGAUGACACAACAAAGAAACCCUCUUGAUGACUCUUAACUGAAACGUGUAUUAAAGGGUGAACGAUUGCUUGUACUGCCAUGCAGUAAACCAGAUGUGACGUGUUUCACGUAGUCAAAUCAUGUAUUGUAUGGGCAUUCCUGGUUUCAAGCUUAUAAAUCAAAGAUUAUCUGGACAUACACAAAUCUACACAAGUGAUCCUUUACUAUGCUAAAUCACAUUUACUUGGAAGUAAAGUUUGUGAGAUCAUGUUUUCUUUUACAUUUUUCAUUUGGGUUUUUUAACACUAACAGUUAGGUGUGUUUAGAAUGUAAUUUGUGCUUACCGAAAACAUUAAUUUUGUAUAUAGAGAAUAACUGGUUGCCUUAAGAUAUUGGCUUUAUCCUUCAAAGACUAAUGCCAUAUGGUUCCAUUAGGCAUCGUUCACGAAGCCACCUGUGCAAGAUAAAGCCAAUUCUUUAAACCAUUAACCAGUUCUUUUAUCAUGCAAUUCCCCCAAAAAUACUUGGAAAAUCAAACAUUGUACAUGAUAUCAAUAAAGUGUUUUUAAACUCUUAAUUCAUAAAGUUAUGUCAAAAGAGAGUGAAUAUGAACACAAAAAAAGUCCAAAGAACAUUCCAUUGAAUGGUACAUAUGACUCCCAAAAUUCCAGUUAUUUGGAGGUGAGGACAAUGUCACUUGUAUCUGCCUGUGGGAUGGGAAUAAAAGUGAAACAAGUACACCAGC